GAUGACGUCCAACAUGAUCCGAACACUCUUUUGGUUGCUGUGCCACCUCCAGGACAACCCCAACGCAUGGAACGCCGUCGAGGACGAAGUCCGUGCGUGCGCCCAAAAGGCUGCCACCCCGCUCUCCGAGGCCGUGCAAGGGUGCCCUCUCCUCGACUCGGCCGUCAAGGAAACGCUGCGCCUGAGAUUUUCGGGCAGCGUGCUUCGCGUCGCGGUGGCCCAUGCAACGGUGGACUUGCCAAACGGCACCCAGCUCGCGAUGCAACCAGGGGAUGAAAUCAUGUUGUGGGGGGGACUGGGCUACCACGAUCCUACCCGGUUUCCCCAUCCCCAUGCGUUCAAAUUCGAUCGAUUCGCGCGGCAUCCUGAACUUGCUAAGGACUUCCGCCCCUUCGGGCUUGGCAAGUUCAACUGCCCUGGCCAAUAUUUCGCCGUCGAAUUUGUUAAAGUUGCCAUGGCGACUUUGAUUCUUGACACCGAGAUCACGCAUUUUGAAGGCCAGGCGAUGCCGAAUUAUGCAACAGCGGGCGUGUUUGCGCCAACAGACACGCAAGCCGUCCGCAUGUGCAUUCGACCAAGACCUGGCGCAGCAGCUCCACAGCCGCACGACGCCAAAAUUCAUGUGCCCAUCUCGUGUGCGUAAAACUGUCGC